AUGGAGCCCUCCAGAGCGCUUCUCGGCUGCCUGGCGAGCGCCGCCGAUGCCGCCCCGCCUGGGGAGAAUGGAACUGGGGCCGGGGCCGAGGAGGAGGAGGAGGAAGAGGAGGAGGCGGCGGCGGCGGCCCCCGGGGAGCUGGGCUCCGAAGCACCGUUGCCCUACUGGACGGCCGUGUUCGAGUACGAGGCGGCGGGAGGAGAGCUGACCCUGCGGCUGGGCGACGUGGUGGAGGUGCUGUCCAAGGACUCCCAGGUGUCCGGCGACGAGGCCUGGUGGACCGGGCAGCUGAACCAGCGGGUGGGCAUCUUCCCCAGCAACUACGUGACUCCGCGCAGCGCCUUCUCCAGCCGCUGCCAGCCUGGAGGCGAGGACCCCAGUUGCUACCCGCCCAUUCAGUUGUUAGAGAUUGAUUUUGCGGAGCUAACCCUGGAAGAGAUUAUUGGCAUUGGGGGCUUUGGGAAGGUCUAUCGUGCUUUCUGGAUAGGCGAUGAGGUAGCCGUGAAAGCAGCUCGCCACGACCCYGAUGAGGACAUCAGCCAGACCAUAGAGAACGUUCGCCAAGAGGCCAAGCUCUUCGCCAUGCUGAAGCACCCCAACAUCAUUGCUCUUAGGGGUGUGUGUCUGAAGGAACCCAACCUCUGCUUAGUCAUGGAGUUUGCUCGCGGAGGGCCUUUGAAUAGAGUGUUAUCCGGGAAAAGGAUCCCCCCGGACAUCCUGGUGAACUGGGCCGUGCAGAUCGCCAGAGGGAUGAACUACCUACAUGAUGAGGCCAUCGUCCCCAUCAUCCACCGCGACCUUAAGUCCAGCAACAUACUGAUCCUGCAGAAGGUGGAGAAUGGAGACCUGAGCAACAAGAUACUGAAGAUCACUGAUUUUGGCCUGGCUCGGGAAUGGCACCGAACCACUAAGAUGAGUGCAGCAGGGACUUAUGCCUGGAUGGCUCCUGAAGUCAUUCGUGCCUCUACGUUUUCCAAAGGCAGUGACGUGUGGAGCUAUGGGGUGCUGCUUUGGGAGCUGCUGACUGGCGAGGUGCCCUUCCGAGGCAUUGAUGGCUUAGCAGUGGCUUAUGGAGUGGCCAUGAACAAACUUGCCCUUCCUAUACCUUCUACCUGCCCAGAACCUUUUGCCAAACUCAUGGAAGACUGCUGGAAUCCCGACCCCCAUUCACGACCAUCUUUCACGAGUAUCCUGGACCAGCUAACCACCAUAGAGGAGUCCGGUUUCUUUGAAAUGCCCAAGGACUCCUUCCACUGCCUGCAGGAUGACUGGAAACAUGAGAUUCAGGAGAUGUUUGACCAACUCAGGGCCAAAGAAAAGGAGCUCCGCACCUGGGAGGAGGAGCUGACGCGGGCUGCACUCCAGCAGAAGAACCAGGAGGAGCUGCUCCGGCGCCGGGAGCAGGAGCUGGCUGAGCGGGAGAUCGACAUCCUGGAAAGGGAGCUCAACAUCAUCAUCCACCAGCUGUGCCAGGAAAAGCCCCGGGUGAAGAAACGCAAGGGCAAGUUCAGGAAGAGCCGGCUGAAGCUCAAGGAUGGCAACCGCAUCAGUCUUCCCUCUGAUUUCCAGCACAAAUUCACGGUGCAGGCCUCCCCAACCAUGGAUAAAAGGAAGAGUCUUAUCAGCAGCCGCUCCAGCCCUCCUGCAAGCCCCACCAUCAUUCCUCGCCUUCGAGCCAUCCAGUUGACRCCAGGUGAAAGCAGCAAAACCUGGGGCCGGAGCUCAGUCAUCCCAAAAGAGGAAGGGGAAGAGGAGGAGAAGAGGGCCACAAAGAAGAAGGGACGAACAUGGGGGCCAGGGACACUUGGGCAGAAGGAGCUUGCCUCAGGGGAUGAAGGAUCCCCUCAGAGGCGUGAGAAAGCUAAUGGCUUAAGUACCCCAUCAGAAUCUCCACAUUUCCACUUGGGCCUCAAAUCCCUGGUAGAUGGAUACAAGCAGUGGUCGUCCAGUGCCCCCAACCUGGGAAAGGGCCCGAGGAGUAGCYUGGCACUGCCAGGGUUCACCAGCCUUAUGGAGAUGGAGGAUGAAGACAGCGAAGGCACAAGGAGUGGAGAGAGUCGUCUACAGCAUUCACCUAACCAGUCCUACCUCUGUAUCCCGUUUCCUCGAGGAGAGGAUGGGGAUGGCCCCCACAGUGAUGGAGUCCAUGAGGAGCCCACCCCAGUCAACUCAGCCACCAGUACCCCUCAGCUGACACCAACCAACAGCCUCAAGCGCAGCGGUACCCAUCACCGCCGCUGUGAGGUGGCUCUGCUUGGCUGUGGAGCUGUCYUGGCAGCCACAGGCCUAGGGUUUGACUUGCUGGAAGCUGGCAGGUGCCAGCUGCUUCCCCCAGAGGAGCCCGAGCCACCAGCCCGGGAGGAGAAGAAGAGGCGCGAGGGUCUUUUCCAGAGGGCCAGCCGUCCUCGCCGGAGCACCAGCCCCCCCUCCCGAAAGCUCUUCAAGAAGGAAGAACCCAUGCUGCUGCUGGGGGACCCCUCCGCUUCCCUGACGCUKCUCUCUCUCUCCUCCAUUUCUGAGUGCAACUCCACCCGCUCCCUGUUGCGCUCCGACAGCGAUGAGAUCGUGGUGUAUGAGAUGCCAGUCAGCCCCAUCGAGGCCCCGCCCCCGCCCCCGUGCACCCACAACCCCCUGGUCAAUGUCCGUGUGGAACGCUUCAAGAGAGACCCUAACCAGUCCCUGACUCCCACCCAUGUCACCCUCACGGCCCCCACGCAGCCGAGUGGUCACCGGAGGACUCCUUCUGAUGGAGCCCUUAAGCCUGUAGCUCUCCAAGCCAGCAGGAGCCCCUCCAGCAAUGGGUUGAGCCCCAGUCCUGGAGCAGGAAUGUUGAAAACCCCCAGUCCUAGCCGAGACCCAGGUGAAUUCCCCCGGCUCCCUGACCCUAAUGUGGUCUUUCCCCCAACCCCAAGGCGCUGGAACACACAGCAGGACUCUACCUUGGAGAGACCCAAGACUCUGGAGUUUCUGCCUCGCCCACGUCCCUCUGCCAAUCGGCAAAGGCUAGACCCUUGGUGGUUCGUGUCCCCCAGCCAUGCCCGCAGCGCCUCCCCAGCCAACAGCUCCAGCACAGAGACACCCAGCAACCUGGACUCCUGCUUUGCUAGCAGCAGCAGCACUGUGGAGGAGCGGCCUGCCCUUCCAGCCCUGCUCCCAUUUCAGUCAGGGCCGCUGCCCCCCGCCGAGCGGACGCUUCUGGACCUGGACGCAGAGGGGCAGAGUCAGGACAGUACCGUGCCUCUGUGCAGAGCUGAACUGAACACACACAGGCCUACUGCUUAUGAGAUCCAGCAGGAAUUCUGGUCUUAGYGUGAAAAGGGGCAUGGGCAGGCAAGGGGGAAGCAGGAGGAGAUGGAGGGAGCUGGCUGGCACAGCCCUUUCUCAGAAUUGGGCCCCCUGAGAUCCAGCCCUACUUCUUGCACUGAAAAUGCACUUUGAAGAUGGAAGGGAUGGAAACAGGGCCACUUCAGAGGGUCUCCUGCCCUGCAGGGCCUUUCUACUCAUGUCCACUGGARGGGCUGCGGCCAUCAGCUCUGGCUGUGUAGGGGAGGGAGGGGCGCGUGCAUGUCCCCCACCCUCCACAGUCUUCCUCGCCUUUAGGGUGACCCUGCAGAGUCAUCCAGCCAAAUCUGUCUGCUGCUKCUUCUCCUCAGCCAGUUGGGUAUGCCCAGAGUUGGCCUGGGGGGGGGGGUCCCUUUGUUAGCCCUGAGUUCAACCUUCCCACACACCAGUAUUGGAUGUUCUGUGAUUGAUUUUGCUACUCGUCCMCUCCCCCUCAGCAUCUGUGAAUUGGAGUCU